AUGUCUUCGCUCGUGCCCUCCGUAGACAACGGCGCUUUCGUUGACCUCACGUCCUCGCCCUGCUCUUCUCCUCGCUCUGCCGCGCGCCGCGGCCCAGCCGUUGUGUCGACUGUCGAGCUGGCCGAUCCUUUGCUGGUCCUUGCCGAUGUGCGGGCCUCGCUGAGCGCGUUGCAGCAGGCCGUCGAUCAGACCGAGACAUUGCGCGAGCUUCGCUGGAAUCAUGAAGUUUUGCGCCGCGAGUUUCUGGCUUCGCGUCGUCGUGCGAAGGAUCUGGAUCGUCAGCUUGCCGGCGCGGCCAAUACUGCGUCUCCGUACGUGCUCUUUUGUCAGCACAAGUACGGCGUGGUUCGCCACAAGCUGGAAUCUACCCGGACGGAACUCGCCGACUGCCUGAACGCGCUGCAGAAGCGUCUGGACUACUCCCGCGAGCUCGAGGCUUGCCGUCUUCGCGCAAGAACGGUCGCCUUCGUACCUUGA